AAACAUGUUUUAGGGGAAAGAGGCUACUUUUAUAUUGGCUUCCUGGGUUCCUUCUAGGAAAUCUUGUGUGUUGCGUCAUUAAAGAUUACUGGUCAUAGAAAAUCCCCCAAGCCCCACAGGUUUUCCCUGGAUAUAAUGUGGACACAGUACAGUAGGUUACACUGUGAUGUUGCUGAUAGCUUCCAUAAGAACAUUACAAGUGCCAACUUGAACAACAAUAAUUUUUAAAAGCUUUAAGUUUAUGAUGAUGUGUCCAAAACUGGGAAUACGCGGUGCAAUUUUCUUACUUGCUUUUUUGUGCACCUCUUCUUGUUGGGGCCGAAUACGCAAAUUAGAUGUUGCUAGUGAUGGACGUAAGCACAUUGUCUUAAGCACCUUUGGAUUCUACCAAGGAGGCAUAUUAGACGUCCAGUUAAAGAAUUUCACAGCUACACCGGACAAUGAUUCUGCAGUGUUUGGCUUUACCUUGGAUUAUACGACAGAUGACGCUACAACACCAUAUUUUGAUAGUUAUCCAGAUCGUUGCAUUUUACUAGACCGUAACGUAAAUGAUCAAACUAUUAUCUACCUUAUACUAGAAUUAAAAACCAAAAAAUUGAGAAUUUUAUGUGAAGACUCACAGCUUGUACAUAUUUACCAGAAUAGCCCUCUACAAAAAGAGAAAGAUGCUGAUCAUUGCAACAACUUAAAUUUUGAUAUUACUUCGGAAGUUAUCAACGGAAAAACCUAUUACAAUGCUAGAUUCACACUGUCUGUUGCCACAGUGGCUGAAGAAGGACUAUACAAUUUAUACUUCCAUAAUUGCCCCUAUUAUCACUCUGGUACAGAAGUCUCUGUUUAUUUUACAACUGAAAUUAUGGAACAAAAUAUUAACAGUUUCCUUUCUGCUGGUGACAUGCCACUACCAACUUUAUACAUCUUGAUGGCAAUACUAUUUUUCCUUUCGGGGAUAUUUUGGAUUUUCCUAUUAAGACAUCCAUCAGUUUUUAAAAUUCACUACAUGAUGACUGCUUUGGUGUUUUUGAAAGCAACUUCUUUAGUUUUCCGUGGAAUAAAUUAUUAUUAUAUUGGAAAACUCGGUGUGCAGUUGGUAACCUGGACUGUGCUUUUCUACGCCGCUCACAUAUUAGAAGGAGCUUUGUUUGUAAUUGUGCUGAUACUUAUAAGCACAGGAUGGAGGUUCAUAAAACCUGAUCUAACACCACGAGACAAAUGUCUUUUUAUGGUCGUUAUUCCAUUACAAGUUUUAGCAAAUGUUGCUGAAGUUAUGUUAGAAACAAGUAAAGAUCAAACUCGUGAACAUGUACCUUGGAGAAAUGUCUUUGUUUUUGUGGAUUUUCUAAUUAGUUUGUGCAUUUUGCUUCCAUGUUUUUGGUCUAUUCGCCACUUGAGAAGCGUAUCAAACAUGUACGGAAAAGCGACAUUACAGAAAGACGGAGGAGGUGAAGGGGCAAUGUAUCUACAAAAAUUAAAAUUAUUCAAGCUUUUUUACGUCAUGGUUGUGUGUUACUUUUAUGCCAGUAAAAUCAUUGUUUAUGUGCUGAAAAUGACAGUGCCGUUCCAGUAUGGGUGGUUAGAUGAAAUGUUUAGAGAAAUCGCUACAUAUGUUUUUUUCGCGCUAACAGCGUACAAAUUCAGACCAGGAGCUCAUAAGCCAUGCUAUGUGUUCGAUGAUGACGAAGAAAUUGAUAAAAUGCUUACUGAACCAGUGAACCAGGAGCUUUAGAGUAAUAAUCAAAGUGCGACUGUAAUCAGCGCUGACGGAGGAAACUAAAGAAGAGAAAAAUGAAUUGUUGGAUUAGCUUGAAAGUAGUCAUAACAUUAUAAAUUAUUUUCUUACUGUGGUGAUGUUUUACCCUAUCAUUUUGUUUUGUUAUGAGUGCUAUGACUGCUCAUUCAGUAAAUGUAUUAUCCUGUAGUAUUAUCCGCUUAUUCUCAGUAAUUGUUCGAUGUUUUUUUUAACUCUCCGUUCUAAGUUUUAAUGAUAUCUUGUAAUCCAUGAAUAUUUUAACUUUAUGACUUCACAGAUUCUCGCUCUGAUGGUAAUUAACUGAUCAAUUCAUAUUCUUAACACAGAUUUUUGUAU